UCUGAUUCCCAUCCUCCCUGUGUCUCUCUCUCAUCCUUUUUUCGAAGUCCGUGCUCCUAAAUCGCCUAUCAAUUGUCUCUCUCCUCACGCUCUCUUUCUCUUUCGGCCUCCGAGGGUUUUGCUAAAUGUGAGGGUAACGGAAACGAAAAAGUAUGGAUCCCUUGGAAGACGAAGAUAUCGGAGGAGACGAAUCUCAAAGGGAAUCCUACCUGACAUCCACUGAUUCCAGCGUAUCUUCUCUCUUUGUCACAGAAGACAGCCGCAGCACCACCAGCUCCACCGAUGUCUUCGGCAGCAGCAGCAGCAGCGGUGGCUCCGGCGAGAUUCCGGCUUCUGUAGUUGAAGGUGCAGUGGUGCCGAGGCUACUACUGUCCUCUACUAUCUCAACUGGAGGUGAGGGAAAUAGUAACGUAGAAAAAGAGGGGUUAAUGGUGGUUUCGAAGACGGCGAGGCAGAAGUGCGUGGGAAGGAACAAUAAAGGACUGACUUGGGGGUUCACUUCCAUUAUUGGGCGACGGAGAGAGAUGGAGGACGCCGUUUCCGUUAUUCCUGGCUUCCUCUCCAGCUCUUGUGAUCACGUCGGCGGUUGUACGGCACCGGGAUCUCGAAGUUCCGGCGAGAUCUCCCCUCUCCAUUUCUUCGGCGUCUACGACGGUCACGGUGGAUCCCAGGUGGCUAAAUUUUGUGCUGAGCGGGUCCAUGAAGUUGUGGCAGAGGAGUGGGGGAGGCUAGGAAAUGGUGAUGGAUGGCGUAGGAGGUGGGAAGUGGCAUUCUCUACUGGGUUUGAGAGGGCUGACAAUGAGGUUGUGGCAGAGUCAAUAGCACCAGAAAUAGUUGGCUCGACUGCCAUUGUGGCGGCUGUAUCAGGGUGUCAGAUCAUUACAUCCAAUUGUGGUGACUCAAGGGCGGUGCUUUGUCAAGGGACUCGGACAAUCCCUUUAACUGUAGAUCACAAGCCAGACAGAGAAGAUGAACUUGUAAGGAUUGAAGGAGGGGGAGGAAAAGUCAUAAACUGGAAUGGUGCUAGGGUUUUGGGUGUUCUUGCCAUGUCCCGAGCAAUAGGGGAUCGGUAUUUGAGGCCAUGGAUCAUCCCCGUGCCUGAAGUUACUUUCACAACAAGGAGUGAAGAAGAUGAAUGCUUGAUAGUGGCAAGUGAUGGACUUUGGGAUGUGAUGACCAAUGAUGAGGUUGGAGAAGUAGCUCGCCAACUAUUGAGACGCCUACGUAGAUCCACAGUGGCCAAUGGGAGUUCAUCAACACCAGCACAAUCGGUUGCAGACCAUCUAACAGAUGUUGCUUACAGAAGAAACAGUUCUGACAACAUUUCAGUCAUUGUUGUCGACCUGAAACCAACAAGAAGGCGUCACCAGAGGCAGUAGAAGGAUAGAGAAAUUAAAAAUCCACUCCCUCUACCCCAUCAGAAAAACCACAGGAAUGGUCAACUGCGGACGAAUGAUCUGUCUUAUUCUAAUGGUGAAGUUAUUGCAGAGACCACCAUAGAGUCAUCAAUGGACCGUCGCUAGCAGCUAUAGCCAUCAAUCAUGCUCAGGUGACUUGAUGAUUCUGUUGUUCACACUACGUCUUUCUGGCUGCCAUGGUACUUUAGCUGUUUGUUACAACUAAAAUUGGUUUGAUGCAGCAAAACACUGGAUCAAUCCUCAGUUUAAGCAGUUUUGGUCCAAGGGAAGGGGAAAAUUAAAAAUAAAAGCUGUUUCCUUUCUCUAUCCAAAGGAAGAGGUGGGAACAAGAUGCUGUGUCACUGUUUUUAUUUUCCUAUUCCUUUAACAUUAGUGUAAACAGAAAACAAACACCUUGCCACCCCAUCCAUGAAAAGAAGGGACAGGGGGAUCUUUGGAGUGACCAAAACAUACUUCUGUUUUACUUCCUUAUCAUUAAAUUUUUCUUCUUAUUUUUCAAGUGACAUGGAGAAAAUACCUUGAAUCCAUCAGAAUUUCUAAUUUUCUUUUUCAAA